UCACUCACUUCAUGUUUCUUUUUCAAUGAUUGUGAAAAGGUCCUACAAAUACAGUGCUUUGUUAUGUGUUUCAAACAGAGAUAUUUUUGAAAUUGUUGAAUUAGUGAUUAGGAAAGAUGGCAGAUUUUGAUGCUAUAUAUCAAGAUGAGACUGAUCCUGAGGAGAAUAUUGAGGAAACGCAUGUGACAUUAGUGCCUGACCCGAUCGUUGUUCGCGGAGCUGGGAAUAUGACAGUUUUUGGUCUGAGUAACCGCUUCAACAAUGAAUUUCCGUCUGGUUUGCAAUCUCGUGUGGCCCCUGAAGAAUAUCAAGCGACCAUAGCCAGAAUUAACUGUGUGCUAAAGAAAACCUUGCCAGUGAAUGUCAAGUGGCUAUUCUGCGGUUGUAUGUGCUGCUGCUGCACACUGGGAUGCUCACUAUGGCCCGUUAUUUGUCUUAGUAAAAGGACGCAACACUCACUCAACAAAUUAUUGGAAUGGGAAAAUAGCAGACUUUAUAAUAAAUUAGGACUUCGUUGGCGUCUUACGAAGCAGCACUGUGACUCUUCCUCCAUGAUGGAAUAUGUGCUUCUGAUAGAAUUUAUACCGAAAAUACCCAUAUACAGGCCAGACUAAAAAGCGGCAAAGUUCUUACUUGUAAAUAUCGAUAACAUAACAUAAUAUCUCAAACUCAACACAAAUCAACUCUGAUGCAACAAAU